AUGGUUGGGGUGCCGCGCAGCACUGGCUGUCGCACCUGCAUCGAGCGGCGGGUCAAGUGCGAUCAGGGCCGACCGGAAUGUCGUCGCUGUCGCGACAGAAACGUCAAGUGUCCAGGCUAUCAGCGCCGACUGAAAUUCUACCACCAGACUCCGGCAUCUAUUAGGAGUCGCAAGCAGAAAGACAGUCGAGAUGUCGCAGCAUCGUCGGCUGUCCACGCCCUCAUUCCCCGGGCGAGCAUGGAUGGGAAGCUAGCACCCGGCCUGGCAACCACGGCAACAGACACCCAGAUGAAGGAAGUUUUCCACUACUUCGUCAUGGCCUCCUUUCCAGGCCUGUUCUCCGCCUGGCGGAACAGAGUCCAGCUCAACUGGCUAGACUACGUUCGGCAUCACGUCGACACCUCGUCGCAGGCGCUGGUCUGGAGCCUCCGCAGCCUGAGCGUAUGGCACCUCGGCCGCGCGCAUAACGACCAGGAGAAGAUCCUCGCCAGUCGGCACCUCUACGGCCGCGGUCUGGAGCACCUGAUCCGCUCACUGCGUGAUCCUCGCACUGCAACCUCAAACUUGACUCUCAUGGCUGCCAUCCACCUUGGAAUAUACGAGAUGCUGGACGGGCUCGGCGAGAAAUCCUGGCUCAUCCAUUCCCGGGGAAUUGGCAAAUUGUUCCAACUUCGCGGCCCCGAGGCGCACCGCGAUGGAUUCGGUCGCACGCUGGUGGUGGCGUAUCGCUCGUUUCUGGUCGCCGAUGCGUUCGUCUGCCAGGAGCCGUGUUUUCUGGCGGAACAUGAAUGGCGAGCCAUGUUCCACGAGACGCUGGCAUCCGAACGCAGCUCCGGAAAAAGCUGUCAGCUGAGCGAGGUCGUGGAACUCGCUUUCAACGAGAUUGUACUCUGUCCGGGGCUUUUUGCGCAGACGCGCGCCUUCGUGUGGCAGACUGGGGGGAAGUCGGAGAUACUGCGAGAGUCGCUGGUGGCUCAGAUCACUCGCUCUCGGGAUAGACUCGUCUAUCUUGAAGGGCGGAUGGGGCCAUUGAUCGUCAACCACAAUAAGAAGAAGGUCAUCAAGCGGGAGGAAGAUGUGCGAAGUCCCAUUCCCCCUGAGUUUGUCAGUAAAGUAGCCAAAUUCGGGUCCUACGGCACGCGAUCUGCCAUUGCAGUACUGAACCAGCUGUUGGUUCUGAUAGAAGCGGAUAAAAGCCGUUCGUCAUUGCAUACAAAGUCGCAGCGUCCGAGUAGUAUAUGGAAGCUACCAGCGGGAAGCAUUGCCUUCCCCGAGUCGCAAGAGAAGCAACUGAUUGCAUACGACGCACAUGAAAAUGACUCUCCAGAUCGACUGGACCAGCUCGCAUUGUCGAUGGGCAUGCUUGCGAUCAGAACAUGA